CACUUUCUGUCUGAUUGCAGCAUUACCUGAAUAAAUCAUAUAAACCUAUUGAAUUCAGUUUCAACUAAAUCAGCUAUGCAAUGGCUGAUGAUGGGAAACAUAUUGAUGUUAUUAUAUGUGGAGCCGGGAUAAUGGGUAUAAGUACUGCAUAUUUUUUGGCAAAACGGGGUGUUUUUUCCAUUGUGAUUGAAAAGGAUAUGAUUGCAAAUGCUGCAUCUGGAAAAGCUGGUGGAUUUCUUGCACGAGACUGGAACCAAGGUUCACCACUAGACAAAUUUUCUGAGUUUAGCUUCGACCUUCAUGCUGAUUUGGCAGAUGAAUUGAAUGGAGAAAUGGAAUACGGAUAUCGUAGAACAAAUUGUCAUACUUUAACUUUGGAUGAAAAUGUUUCCAAUAGCAAGACGAGUCACAAUAAACUACCUUCCUGGCUAGACUUAGUGAAAAACCCUUCCAUGCAAAUUGGGAACUUAGAAACAUGUGCACAAGUACAUCCGUAUCAAUUUUGCCAAACUCUCCGCAAAGCAUGUUCAAAUAUGGGAGUCAUUUUUCUUACUAAAAACGAAGUCACUAAUAUUGCAUAUUCAAAAGAGAAACCUAAAAUCAUUACAAUGAACAAUAACAAACAGCUAUCUGCUGAUGUUGUUAUAAUUGCUAUGGGACCAUGGACCGGUCUUGCCAGCAAGUGGUUCCCCACAAUUACUUCUUUUUAUGGACAAAAAGCACAUUCAAUCACUGUUCAUCCCAAUGCACUACUGUCAACUGAUUGCAUAAUGGCUACUUCUGGGGAUGACUCGCAUGACGUGUAUCCUAGACCAGAUGGUGAAGCAUAUGUAUGUGGUAUAGCAGAGAAACCAAAGCCCUCUGAAAAACUUAACAACCCUGGAUCAGUUAACCCUUCUGACGGUGCAUGUGAAAAACUGAAGACGAUAGCUGAUAAAAUGUCCAGUUCACUGCGAGAUGGUGAUGUCACUGUUGAGCAGGCCUGUUAUCUCCCACUAACACAAGAUGGUUUACCUAUCAUCGGCAAAGUGCCGGAUUUUGAUGGAGUUUAUGUUGCCGCUGGCCAUGGUUGUUGGGGGAUAUUGAAUGCUCCUGCAACUGGAAAAUGUUUAUCUGAAUUAGUAUUGAAUGGUGUUUCCACUCUGGAGAUAUCAGCGUUUUCUCCCAGCAGAAAAUCAGUAUAGUUUGUAUUUGUGCUUGAUGGUCACCAAAAAAGUUCCUCUUGUUUCCAUAAAACGAAACGGUAUAUCCUGAGCAAAACAUUAUGACAGUCCCACAUUUACAGUUUACGAAACUAACCCCCGUUGCCAUGCUGAAUAUCUUUCCUGCGCCAAAUCUUGCAGUUUUUAUUUCUUUUUAUAUAAUCCUGUGAUCCACUGCACCCAUUAAUCGUCACAAUCUUAUUUGUUCCAUUUUAUAUUUUAUUCACCUUUAAUUAAAAGCAAAUCACAUGG